CCCGGACAGCUCGAGCUGCCGCCCCGCUCUGCAGGCGCCAUGCCCCGACUGUACGCCUGCACGCUGGCCGUGAUGCUGGCCCUGGCUGCCCUGUCCGAGGCCUCCUGGAGACCGCGCUCCCAGCCACAGGAUGGACCCUUGGACCUGGAGACUGGCAGGGGCCUGCCAGGCCUGGCAUCUGCCCACCGGAGACAGCUGGAGCCCCAGGGCCCCCCACACCUCGGCACAGACCUAUCCAAGAAGCAGGGGCCGUGGGCGGAGGAGGAGGCGGCGUACGGGUGGAUGGACUUCGGCCGGCGCAGCGCGGAAGACCCGGACCAGCGCCCCUAG